UUUGCGAUCCUAUCACUGCCCUUUCAAAACUCCUUUACCAUUACCAUUACAAGUUGCCCGAACUUCAGCCCGAGAAUUCAACUACUUGCAAUUCCGUUCUACGCGAACGUAAAAUGAAUUUGAUUUCCCCAUGGAAUUUAAGAUUCCCUCCGAUUUCAAUUCCACCAAUCACCGCCUCCCCCCACUGCAAGCCUUCACUCACAAACCAUUCCUUCUCCUUCCCAUUUUGGCCACACCCAUGUCGCAUAAUUUCAACUACGUCCUUUCUAGUCCAUGCCAAGAAGAGAAACUCCAAGCCCGAGCCAGUCCUUGAACCAACCAUAAUUGAACAAGUAUCAGGAGACGAUGAAGAUAAAGAAGAACAGCUUCUCUUUGAUGAUUUUGAAGAUGAAGCAGCGAUGGAUGGUGAUGAUGAUUAUUUCGAUGAUGAAGAGUUUUUGGAAGAUGAAGCAGAACUAUAUGUUGGUGAUGGAGGUGGUGGAGGUGGGAUUGCACUUGCUGGGACAUGGUGGGAUAAAGAAGCAUUGAAGAUAGCUGAAGAGGUUUGCUCAACUUUUGACGGGGAAUUGAAAAUUUAUGCCUUCAAGACCUUGUCGAAUUCCACCAUUCAAGUCCGCAUUGAGAGGCUUACAAAUAAGUCUGGUUCCCCCAAUAUGGAAGAUAUUGAAGCUUUUUCUACAACCUAUAGAGCGCGGUUGGAUGAAGCUGAACUUGCUAAAACUAUAACUGAGAAUAUUACUUUGGAGGUAUCUUCUCCUGGUGUUGAAAGAGUUGUUCGGAUUCCAGAAGAUCUGGACCGGUUCAAGGAUCGAGCUAUGUAUGUGAAGUAUGUUAAUGAGGCUGAUGCUAAAGAUUCGUCCUCAGAAAGUGAUGGUGUUCUUAGGCUCGUUUCUUUUGAUACGGAGACCAAAUACUGCACCUGGGGAUUAGCAGAUGUGAGGGUAAACAGAGAAAAAGCAGGGAAGGGAAGACCUCUCAGCAAAAAGCGAAGAGAGUGGCGCUUGGACACCCCUUUCCAUUCCUUGCGACUAGUUCGACUGUAUCCUGAAAUUUGAACUCCACUCUUUCUUCCUUCUUUCUGUUCAUUCGUGAUGCAAAUCUAUAGGAAACUCCAGAAGUACUCGUUGAUGGCAGUCCAAAUGUUGCGAGGAUGUAGUUCUGAAUGAGCUACGUCUGGCCCACUAAUUGACACUCCAAACUAUGAAUUGUGCUAAUUCUACUGUACCGCACAUGAUUGAAUAAGACUUGAUUCUUUGUUCUAAAA